AUGUCCAACAUCGAAGAAGAUUCGUCUCCGCCGCCGAGGAUACACAUUCAGAGUCCACCACCUGCGCCAUCUGCGACUGAUGGGGCAAACCCGCCGCUGCACACCGGAGGAAUUGCCGGGAUAUUGAAGAGGUGGAAGAGGGAAGAUUUGAUCAAGAGAGGAUCAUUGGGACUGAGAGGGAUCGCUUUGCUUUUCUCUCUGAUUUGUUUCAUUGUAAUGGCUAGCAACAAACAUGGCGAUUGGAGAGAUUUCGAUAAAUAUGAAGAGUAUAGGUAUGUGCUGGCAAUUGCGAUUUUGUCAAGUUUGUACACUGGAGCUCAAGUUUUUCGUCAAAUUCACGAACUUUCUACCGGAAAGAAAUUGGUUAAACCAAGUGUGGCAACUAUAAUGGACUUUUUUGGUGAUCAGAUAAUGGCGUAUCUUUUGAUAUCAUCGGCAUCUGCAGCAAUUCCUAUGACAAAUAGAAUGAGGGAAGGCGCAGACAAUAUAUUCACAGAUGCUUCAUCAACAGCCAUUAGCAUGUCGAUUUUCGCAUUCUUGUGUUUGGCAGCAUCAGCUCUCAUAUCUGGCUACAAACUAUCAGCUCAAUCCUCCUAUAUCUGA